GGAAGCUACCAAUGUUUGAUUAAAACAACUUGUCCCCCUUUGGAUAUAAAGUUAUCACAGAAAUCGAUAUAUUCCUUCCCCAGUUCUUACCCCAAGCAUUCAUAAAGUGAAUUGAUGCAGAUAUAAUUCAUGGAAAAACUGUUAGCAAAGUAAUAAAAUAAAUAAAGGAACAUGGUUGAAAAAAGUCUUUAAAUGUCAAAAUGGAUCCAGGUGCCCUGGUGGAAACGAAUGCAUUUUUCCCAAGCUGUCUCUAUCAUUCAGUCCCAAGUCGGCAUCAUUAAAGGUGUCCAAGUUUUUUACAGCGACACUAAACCUUUAGAAGCAGAUCUUAUUAUCAAUCUACCUCAGGAUGGAAUUAGGCUUUAUUUUGACCCAGUAUCACAAAGAUUGAAGGUGAUUGAAAUUAUUUCCAUGAAAGCAGUAAAACUGAAGUACUGUGGCCUAGAAUUCAAUUCGCCUGAAAUUUUACCAUCCCUUGAACAAAUUGAACAUUCCUUUGGAGCAACUCAUCCCGGAAUUUAUGAUACUGAAAAACAAAUUUUCAUGCUCAACUUCAGAGGAGUCAGCUUUUACUUUCCCGUUGAGCCAAAAAUUUCUUGUGGAAGUACCCACAAUAUGGCUUCUCUUCAGUUCAAUUUAGGCAGUUCUCCUUUAGUUAGUCGAAUGGCCAUCUACUGUGGAUCCAGUUUAGAUCUUGCCACUGCUCCAGAAUUACCACUUACUUGCUACCAUGGGCAGCUGUACCUACAAAAGGCAGAAGUAUUGAGAGGAGACAACUACACUAAAGGGUUGAAGUUAAAACUAAUGGCAGGAACCAAUGGUAGGGCAGUAGAUUCAAUAAAAGUACAGUUUGAGAGGCAAGUUCUUCUGGGUCAGUCUGCUCAAGAUGUGGCUACAGUAUUGGGGGCCCCAUCUAAAGUAUUCUAUAAAAGUGAAGAUAAAAUGAGAAUACACAGUCCUAACUCUCAUCGUAAAAUAUCUUCUAAUAGAAGUGACUAUUUUUUCAAUUACUUCACCUUGGGAUUGGAUAUACUUUUUGAUGCUCAGUCCCAUCUAUCUAAAAAAAUUGUCAUACACACCAACUAUCCAGGUCAUUAUAAUUUCAAUAUGUACAUGCGAUGCGAAUUCGAACUUUGCUUAGAUGAUACCACAAUAACCGCAUUCAGUAGGUGGGAUGAUGUGUGUAAGAAGUUGACACCACGUGAAAGUCCUGUCGUUUUGAACAGAGCUAGUUCUACAAAUACAACCAAUCCAUUCGGAAGUACACUGUGUUAUGGAUACCAGGAUAUUGUGUUCGAGAUAAUGCCUAAUCAGUGUAUUGCAGCUUUGAGUAUGUACGGUGAUGGUAGAUCUUAUGAAAUGCAGACUGAAAAGGCGUGACAGAGGCUAUCUGCCACUUACCUCAUCCUCACAAACAGGUACUGGCAACCUCAAAAUAAUUUCACUUGCGCAAAAGCUUCUUAAUUUUUUUUAUAUUACACUCAGAGCUGGAAGAGUUCAUUAUGAUAUAUUGUGUGUUCAUAAGUUUCAAUGAAAGAAGCUAAUUCUUCACAUAGCAAGUUCAGUAAAACAAGCAAUUAUUAAUUUUAAAUUGUUUAUCUUCAUAGGUGAUUUUUGUGAAUGACUGAAUUGUUUUGAUUAUUUAAAAAAUGUUUCUUUCUGAGUGUCCUAAUCAUGUGAGAGGUGAAAAGUUAUGCCGCCAUUUCUUAUUUUUUAUAUCUUUCAUAAUAAUUUCAUCAAAAUCUUUGUUCAUUUUUAAGUGACAAUCUGAAAAAUGUUAAUAUUUCACCAAAGAAAAAAGAAAUAUAAAAUUGUGUUUUUUCUCCAGCUCUGAGAAUUAUCCAAAAUAGUUUUUCAUUUAAAUUGUAAACUUAGUGGAUUUAGUAUAAAAACAAAAUUAAAACAAAUUGUGAGGUAAAAUCAGGUUACUUAUAAUUGGCUUUCUUGUUUGAAUUUGAGAUUUUGUUGACAAAAAUUACUUUAUCUUAGAUUUGUACCUGCAUUCUUCAUGUUUAUUUCAAGUUUCCAUAGUGUGUUUCAGAAGGAAUAAAAAUAACUUUGUUUUGUCAAUAUACCCUAACCAUAGUUAAGGUCAUCAACUCGUUUGUUUGAUUUUAUUUAACUGUUCUCUAGUCAGUCAUUUGUGUGUUUUGCAGAAUGUGAUGUUAUUUAUUGAAGAAAAAUGUGUGAUAUUUGUUUUGAAAUAUUUUGCAGGUACAAGUUCUGAUUUUUUUAUAAUGUUCAUCACAUGUGACUAGGAAACAUAGUUUAAUUUUGUAUAUAUUAGUUUUAAUUAGAUCUCUAACAAUGAAAUUCACUUUGUAGGCAAUUAUAUCAGUGAAGUAAAACAAAGAAAUUAUUCAGGUCUGAAGUUGAGUUAUUCCAGUUAUUGUUAUGUUAUGAUUUAUUGAGUUUGUGAAACCAAGUUUAAUGCACCACUUCCAUUUACCAGAUUGAGGCAAAAAGUUUUAAAUUUGUCCAUCUCUGUUAAGUUACUUUAAUUUUGUUAGGUUAUUGAUGUUUGCAGUUGAAUUAUGCCUAAAGCUGUGUAUUGGUAGAUUUAUUGGUCAUAUUCUUUUGGUUAUUGUCCUUUCGUUAUUUAUCAAAAAAUUACCAAAAAUGCCAUUUUUUCAUCAUGAUUAUGGUAGGGUAUGAAUUAUUGAUGUAUGGAAAAGUGAUGUAUUUCGCGUUCGAAACUAUUUUUUACAAUAUAUAUGUAUCUUGCAACUUAAA